CUAGGGUUUAGAUCUGCCGCUUGGGAGGGCCAAGCGAGGCGAGAGAUCCGGCGCUCCUCACCAGAUCGGAGCUACGCGCGGCUCUCGGCGAGCUGGGCAGCUGCGAGCCGGAUUUGAGGCGCUUAGGCUGCGCGGGGCAACAUGGCGGCCGCGAGCGCUCCCAUCACUAUGAAAGAGGCCCUGGUGCUCACGAGCUUGGGCAUCAAUCCCCAAUGCAUCACUUUCAACCAUGUCACGAUGGAAUCCGAGAAGUACAUAUGCGUGAGAGAGACCACGCCGCAGAACAGCGUGGUUAUCAUCGACAUGAACUUGCCUCUGCAGCCUCUUCGCCGACCCAUUACUGCCGAUUCCUCGCUGAUGAAUCCCAUCACUAAAAUUCUGGCUCUAAAAGCUCAAAUUCCUGGCACGAGCCAGGAUCAUCUCCAGAUUUUUAACAUAGAAAUGAAGGCUAAGAUGAAAUCUCAUCAAAUGUCGGAACAGGUGGUUUUCUGGAAAUGGAUAACUUCAAAGAUUCUUGGGCUUGUCACGCAGCAAGCCGUCUAUCACUGGUCUAUAGAAGGUGAUUCUGAGCCGGUCAAGGUGUUUGAUAGAACGGCUAACCUGUCGGGAAAUCAAAUUAUUAACUACCGCUGUGAUCCUUCUGAGAAGUGGCUAGUUCUGAUAGGCAUUGCUCCAGGCUCUCCUGAGCGUCCACAACUGGUGAAAGGAAACAUGCAACUCUUUUCAGUCGAUCAGCAGCGAAGUCAAGCUUUGGAAGCUCAUGCUGCAUCUUUCGCUACAUUCAAGGUCUCCGGAAACGAAGCUCCUUCCACUCUGAUAUCGUUCGCAACGAAGUCAGUUACGUCUGGCACGCUAGUAUCAAAGUUGCAUGUUAUCGAACUUGGUGCCCAGCCAGGGAAGGCAGCGUUUACAAAGAAACAAGCAGACUUGUUCUUCCCUCCCGACUUUGCAGACGACUUCCCCGUCUCGAUGCAGAUCUCACAAAAGUAUAGCCUUAUCUAUGUUAUUACGAAACUCGGUCUUCUUUUUGUAUAUGAUCUGGAGACUGCAACGGCUGUCUAUAGGAAUCGUAUUAGUCCAGAUCCCAUUUUCCUGACAUCCGAUUCCCCGUCAACUGGGGGAUUUUAUGCAGUUAAUCGUCGAGGGCAAGUUCUAUUGGCUACUGUUAACGAGGCAACUGUCGUUCCCUUCGUCAGCGGUCAGCUUAACAAUUUAGAGCUUGCGGUCAACCUUGCUAAGCGUGGCAACCUUCCUGGAGCCGAGAACCUGGUUGUGCAACGGUUUCAGGAGUUAUUCCAACAAAUGAAGUACAAAGAAGCUGCGGAGCUUGCAGCUGAGUCCCCUCAAGGAAUCCUUCGCACGCAUGACACUAUUACGAAGUUCCAGAGUGUUCCUGUGCAACCUGGACAGACGUCACCUCUGCUUCAGUAUUUUGGUACAUUGCUCACAAAGGGGAAACUCAACGCUUUUGAGUCUCUGGAGCUUUCACGUCUCGUUGUCACUCAAAACAAGAAAAACCUUUUGGAGAAUUGGUUGGCUGAUGAUAAACUCGAGUGCAGUGAAGAACUUGGUGAUCUUGUCAAGUCAGUUGAUAAUGAUAUGGCCUUAAAAAUCUUCAUCAAAGCAAGGGUUACACCAAAAGUGGUCGCGGCAUUUGCAGAACGUGGAGAGUUCGAUAAAAUUCUCAUUUAUUCUAAGCAAGUUGGUUAUACUCCAGAUUAUCCCUUCCUUCUGCAAUCUAUAUUGCGAACGGAUCCUCAGGCGGCCGUAAAUUUUGCUCUCAUGAUGGCUCAAAUGGAAGGCGGAUGUCCAAUGGACUACAACGUUAUUACCGAUCUUUUUCUGCAGCGAAACUUGAUACGUGAAGCAACAUCCUUUUUACUGGAUGUUUUGAAGCCGAACCUUCCCGAGCAUGCGAUGUUGCAGACAAAGGUUUUAGAGAUAAAUCUAGUGACAUUCCCGAACGUAGCGGAUGCAAUUUUGGCCAACGGAAUGUUUAGUCACUACGAUAGGCCUCGGAUUGGGCAGCUUUGCGAGAAGGCUGGCCUAUACACGAGAGCAUUGCAGGUAUAUUUUUGUCGGCAUGAUGCCAUUCUCUUUAACAAUACUUGCUUUCAGCACUAUACGGACCUGAAUGACAUCAAGCGUGUGAUUAUCAACACACACGCUAUUGAACCCCAGGCUUUAGUGGAAUUUUUUGGAACCCUCUCGCGUGACUGGGCUAUGGAUUGUAUGAAGGAAUUGUUGCUGGUUAAUAUGCGAGGAAAUCUGCAAAUAGUUGUGCAGGUUGCCAAAGAAUACUCAGAACAGCUAGGCAUUGGAGCCUGUGUGAAGCUUUUUGAGCAGUUUAAAUCAUACGAAGGUUUAUACUUCUUUUUGGGAUCCUUUUUGAGCUCGAGCGAGGACCCGGAUAUUCACUUCAAAUAUAUUGAAGCAGCAGCUAAAACGGGCCAACUGAAAGAGGUAGAGCGUGUCACCAGGGAAUCGAAUUUCUAUGAUGCAGAGAAGACCAAGAACUUUCUGAUGGAAGCUCGUCUUCCUGACGCUCGUCCUCUCAUCAACGUGUGCGAUAGAUUCGGUUACGUUCCGGAUUUGACACACUACUUGUAUUCGAACAACAUGCUUCGGUAUAUUGAAGGCUACGUCCAAAAGGUCAAUCCUGCAAACGCACAUCUGGUCGUGGGCCAACUUUUAGAUGAUGAAUGUCCUGAGGAUUUUAUAAAAAAUCUCAUCCUCUCUGUUCGAUCGUUACUACCGGUUGAGCCUCUUGUUGAGCAAUGCGAGAAACGUAAUCGGCUGAGACUUCUCACUCAGUUUUUGGAGCACCUGGUUAGCGAAGGUAGCCAAGACGUGCAUGUGCACAAUGCGCUCGGAAAAAUUAUCAUCGAUACGAACAACAAUCCCGAGCACUUCUUGACUACAAAUCCGUACUAUGACUCGAAAGUUGUCGGGAAGUAUUGUGAGAAACGAGAUCCCACCCUGGCAGUGGUUGCUUACCGUCGUGGACAGUGCGACACAGAGCUUAUUAAUGUUACGAAUAAGAAUUCUCUGUUUAAGCUUCAAUCACGCUAUGUUGUGGAACGAAUGGAUGCGGAUCUUUGGGCUCUAGUAUUGAAUCCCGAGAACCCCUACAGACGCCAACUUAUUGACCAAGUAGUAUCUACCGCCUUACCAGAGAGCAAGAGUCCCGAUCAAGUUUCAGCAACAGUUAAAGCAUUCAUGACUGCUGACUUGCCUCACGAGCUUAUUGAGUUGCUGGAAAAGAUCGUCCUCCAAAAUUCAGCAUUCAGUGGCAACCCGAACUUGCAAAAUCUUCUGAUAUUGACUGCCAUCAAGGCUGACAAGUCGCGGGUCAUGGAUUACGUCAACCGACUAGACAACUUCGAUGGUCCUGCCGUUGGAGAGAUUGCUGUUGGUGCGGAGCUGUUUGAGGAAGCGUUUGCUAUCUUCAAAAAGUUCAACUUGAACGUGCAUGCUGUCAACGUGCUUCUUGACAACAUCCGUAGUAUCGAUCGUGCUGUGGAGUUUGCUUCGCGAGUUGAGGAGGACGAGGUCUGGAGCCAAGUAGGAAAGGCUCAGCUCAAGGAAGGCCUGGUCAGCGAUGCCAUUGAGUCGUUUAUUCGAGCAGACGAUGCAACGCAGUUCAACGACGUCAUACUGGCAGCAAACCAGGCUAGAGUUUUUGAGGAUCUCGUCAAGUACUUGCAUAUGGUGCGGAGGAAAGUUAAGGAGCCCAAGGUGGACUCUGAACUCAUUUAUGCGUACGCACGGAUUGAGAAGCUCGGGGAGAUCGAGGAGUUUAUUCUGCAGCCUAAUGUGGCCAACCUGCAAAACGUUGGCGACCGUCUCUUUGACGAGACGCUUUACGAAGCUGCGAAGAUUAUCUUCACUCAUAUCUCCAACUGGGGUCGUCUUGCAAGUACUCUCGUCAAGCUCCACCAGUUCCAAGGUGCAGUUGACGCUGCCAGGAAGGCCAACAGUGCGAAGACGUGGAAAGAAGUUUGCUUCGCUUGUGUUGACGCGGAAGAGUUCAGGCUCGCACAAAUAUGUGGUCUCAACAUCAUUGUCCAGGUGGAUGAUUUGGAGGAAGUGAGUGACUACUACCAGAAUAGGGGACGAUUCGAUGAACUGAUUUCUCUAAUGGAAAGUGGUCUUGGACUCGACCGCGCACACAUGGGUAUAUUUACAGAGCUCGGAAUAUUAUAUGCCAAGUAUCGGUCCGAGAAGCUUAUGGAACACUUGAAGCUUUUCUCAACCCGAAUCAACAUUCCAAGGCUCAUUCGCGUUUGCAACGAACAAAAGCACUGGAAAGAACUCACGUAUCUGCACAUUCAGUACGACGAGUAUGACAAUGCCGCUGCAACUAUUAUGAACCACUCUCCCGAUGCCUGGGAUCACAUGCAGUUCAAGGAUGUCUGCGUUAAGGUUGCCAACGUGGAGCUGUACUACAAAGCUGCCCACUUCUAUCUUCAAGAGCAUCCUGACCUCUUGAACGAUCUGUUAAUGGUCUUAGCUCCCCGUGUCGAUCACACUCGUGUGGUAGACAUAAUGCGCAAGGCUAGAAACCUUCAUCUCGUGAAGCCUUACAUGGUGGCUGUGCAAAGUGCAAAUGUGGCCGCUGUGAAUGAGGCUCUGAACGAGCUUUACGUCGAAGAAGAAGAUUACGACCGUCUCAGAGAAUCCAUUGAUCUUCACGACAAUUUUGAUCAAAUUUCUUUGGCGCAAAAGCUUGAAAAGCACGAGCUUAUCGAAUUGCGCCGCGUCUCUGCCUACAUUUACAAGAAAGCAGGAAGAUGGCGCCAGUCUGUUGCGCUGUCCAAGAAGGACAAUCUCUACAAGGACGCGAUGGAAACUGCAUCGCAAUCUGGAGAUCGUGAUCUUGCCGAAGAACUGCUGUCGUUCUUUAUUGAACAGCAAAAGAAGGAAUGCUUCGCGUCCUGCCUGUUUACAUGUUACGAUUUGAUCCGGCCCGACGUAGCAUUGGAGCUUGCCUGGAUAAACAACUUGAUCGACUUCUCCUUCCCUUACCUGUUACAAUUCAUCCGCGAGUACACCAGCAAGGUGGACGAUCUGAUCAAAGACAAGCUAGCAGCCGACCAGGAGGUCAAGAGCAAGGAGAAGGAAGAGAAGGAUCUAGUGGCUCAACAGAACAUGUACGCUCAGCUCCUUCCUCUGGCGCUGCCCGCUCCUCCGAUGCCCGGCAUGGGAGGCGGUCCUCCAGGAUUCAACCCGGGCAUGCCACCUCCUUUUGGUGGAAUGCCUGGCUACGGCAUGCCUCCCAUGGGCGGAUAUUAGAGGUAGGAAGAUUAUCUUUUGUUUUCAAUCACGAAAGACUACACAGGUGAAGGGUCUAGCAGAGAUUUUUUGUAAAUUUAGAUCGAGAAUAAUAUAUGGUCUUGUAUUUUUCUUUCUUUU